GGCGGGCGGGCGAGUAGGGGUUCAAGAGUAACGGGACCUUCUGCUGCUGUCGCGCGCAGACACUUUGAUAGGGAUACCACCUCCAUGUCGAGCGAGAGCCGCCCCAAAGUGUCCUACAUUGCAGAGAGCCAGCCGGCGACCAACAGGGCCACUUUUUCUCCUCGGCGGCGGCAGUUGUGCAGCGGCGUCCGAGCCCAUCGAAGGCAUGAUCACCUGACCCUGGGCUCUGCGAACACGUGUGCCAUCAGUUGGUUUCGUAUAUACAGUGUGAGCACCGAGCAGCACCCCAAAGAGAAGCAGCGCCAUUGAAAUGCAACCCUCUCUGUUGGCUUCGGCCAAGUUCGCCAUCCACCUUGUGCUGGUGUGCGGGGCGGCGUUGUCGGCCUUCGACGAGUACUCGUCCUCAUGCAUGCGGCCGGGCGGCGGCAGAGCGGCCAAGGCGUGGCCCGACCCGCCGUGUGACUUCUCCAACCAGGCCUGGUGCACGGCCCCUGGCAGCGCUUAUCCCUGGCAUGCCGUCCGUCGGUUUGUACAGGAGAACCAAGGGCUGAUGCGUCGCAUGUACGGCGACAUGCGUCAAAUUUCCGUGCUGCGGGCCGAGUUUGAGUCAAACGACCUGUACCCUGGCGACGGCGCCGACUUUCAGGUGGUCAGGGACGGCGUCACUAAGCACUACCGUCCCAUCGCGGAAGCUUCAUCAACGCCGCGCUCGAAACCAGUGGCGACAGCGCCCAAGGUGGCGCCCUCGACCACCACCAGGAAGCCGACCAAGGUGUCUCUGAAGCCGGCUAGCAAGAGCACCACCACCCCUGCGACCACGACGACGACCAGCACCACUGUCCGGACAACAACCACGACGACAACAACGGCUGCGAGUACGACAACGACGACAAGAAACGUGACCUUGGUGCCGUCGACCGUUUCGACGGCGACCGAAGAAGACACCACUGAGGGCAGCACCACUCUGGCCCCGGACACGACGAGCGUGUCCGAGUUGGCGGCAGAGGCGCUGGCCCUCGAGCAGUUGGGCGAGGAGUUGGUCGAGAGCCAGCAGGGUCAGCCCGAAGACCAGCAGGCUGAGGAGUCAGAAUUUGAGGAAGAGGCGGCCGAACUCAUCGAUGAAGAGGACGAGUACGAAGACGAGGGGGUGGAGGAGGACGAGCAGCAUCAUGACCAGAGCCUAACCAAAGGGCCUCAGAUGAUGCGCAAGGGAGUGAACGCUUGUCCUGUAAAAGAGGAGGUGGUCGCGCCUUUCUGGGCAAACAACACUAGAGGAGAGAUUCUUGCCUUGCUGAAUUUGUACCCAUUCGAGCAGUACGUCCACUGGGAAAAGUGCACUGAUGAGCACCAGCAGAUGUUCUGUCGGGACGGUUGUCGGUGCGAGCAGCAGUACCGUCUGCACCGGCUGCUUGCGUACGACCCACGCAACGAGUGCCGCGGAAUUUUCUCCGACUGGUUCAAGUUCCCGUCGUGCUGCGUGUGCAAGUGCUACGACAUCCCUCCCGAGUUCAGGCUGACCUCGCGCAGUCCUCGGCGCAAGCACAAGAAGCAGAAGAAGCCGACCGGACUCGAGCCCAAGUUGCGCACCCCUAUUUACAUCAACACCCUUGACCAGCGGGUCGAGGGUGGCGGCGAGGUCAGGGAAGACCUCAAAGCCAUCGUGCACACGGCGAGGGCGGGCAGGGACUUUCCCGAGACGGCCACAAUCGGCACGGUGGACGCAGCCACCCCACACUUCUACUACCAGCCGCCUCCUGUCGCAUUAGUGCACCUCAGCAGACGGCCGAGGGACGCCGAUUGAUACGUCAGACUUGUACAUAGAUUUUUAAAUUUUUAACAAUUUUCGGACCGAUUUUGUGUGAUUGAGUUUCAACCUGAUAAUAUAUAUUCUGCUGGAAGUGUUGUGAAGUGAUCUGAUUUAUACUAGUCUUACAUAAUCGAAGGACAAAAUGAGAUGGGCAACUGAGACGCUAUGUUAAUUAAAUUACGUACGAAUGCAAUUGUGAUUUUUCUUUUAAUUUAUAAUUGCCAUACAUUAAAAUUAUAUAAAACGUAAUUUGUUCCAAGUGUUGAUUUUGUAAAAUCUUUUGUGUAAAUAUAAUUUUUUAAACUGA